UAGGUGUCUCCCAACUGUUAGAUACAGACUACUCCAUAAAGAUUUGUCAUUAUUUAAAUAUUCACCCCACACAGUUUUUCUCCCAAUAAAAUGAUAAUGCUUCUUAUUCUGGAGAGACAGAGAGAAUAGUAGUGGACGUCAUGACAGGAGCCGGUGUCGGUAAUAGAAGUGAUGAACCAUUGUUACUGCAACAGAACAUAAUUAGUACUGAUCUUAAUGAAGAAUGUAGCAGAAAGUAUAUUGAGGGAAUGGUGAACUACAAAGGAGAGAAAUUGCUGAAAAUGAUUAAUAAUCAACUAGUUGGUGGAUGGAAAUCAGCUACUCCACUAAUCGUAAUUGGUGUUGCUGAAAGUUUUGCAUUUUAUUGAGUUUCAUCAAAUUUAAUUAGUUAUCUUACCAACCACUUUGGUCAAUCUACAGCCACAGCUGCUCUAAAUGUUAAUAUUUUGGUUGGAGCCAUGUUUAUGCUUCCUUUAAUAAUUUCCCCUGUUGCUGAUUGUUAUAUUGGCCGAUUUCGUACCGUCUUGUUUUCUACUUUCUCCAGCAUAUUGGGACUCGGGUUUUUGACUAUAUCUGCUGCUCUGAAUGGUGGUUCUAUGGACACGACUUUUUGUGUUAGUAAUAAGACGGAGGAGGCCGAUAAGCCUCGCGCUUAUCCUUCUACUGUACAAGUAAGCUUCUUCUUCCUGUCUUUGUAUCUAGUCGUAUUUGGGAUCGCUGGAAACUCAACCUGUGGAACAGCUUUCGGUGCUGAUCAGUUUGAUGGAGACAACCUGUCUGAAUGCAAGUCUAAAAGUUCAUUUUUCACUUGGAAGCAAAUUGGAGGCUCUGUUGGAAUGGCCUUAUCGAACACAAUACUAAACUACAUUCAAGACAACUUGGGCUGGGGUCUUGGUUUUGGCAUUUCGUGCAUUUCAUUGAUAGUGGCACUAAUUAUUUUCGUGUCAGCAAUCAAAACAUAUCGUUACAGUGUCAUAGAUGAAGGAAAACAAAAACAAUUAUCAGGAACAAUCGAGGUGUUAGUUGCAACUGUGAAAAAUUGGAGAAUCUCGUCUCCAUCAAAGACUUCCCAAGAGGAAGCAACAGACGGUUUUAUCGCCAUGUUGAAUGAUGCAGAAAGUUCCGGUAACCAUGUCACUGUUAGUAAGGUCGAAGACGCGAGAUCUUUACUACUGUUAAUGCCAGUGUGGAUCAUAUGUUUGAUAUUCCCAAUGAUAUUUUCUCAAAGCACGACAUUGUUCACUGAACAAAGUCGCACGAUGGACAGAACAUUAGGUUCUGAGUUUCAAAUACCUGCUGCUUCAAUUAACAUCUUUAAUGGCUUGUCUAUAAUUUCGUUUGCUGGCAUAUACGACCGUCUCUUUGUUCCUCUUGCUCGAGCUAUAACUGGAAAGCCCAACGGCAUAACUACGCUUCAGAGAAUUGGUAGUGGAAUCUUUUUUUCCGCAGUAUCUAUGGUGGGUGCAGCUAUAGUGGAGCGAAAAAGGCUUCAAACUGCAAUUGAUUUUGGAUUAGUCGAUAUGCCAGAUGAAACAGUUCCAAUGAGUGUAUGGUGGUUGGUUCCGCAAUACUUGCUAAUUGGUCUUGCUACUGUAUUCACCGGUAUCGGCUUACAAGAGUUAUUCUAUGGUCAAGUGCCAAAUGGGUUAAAGAGUGUAGGUCUUUCUCUUAGCUUGAGCUUGGUUGGCAUAGGAUCCUUCAUCAGUGGCCUCCUUAUAUCCGUUAUCCAACAGGUAACUAGUGGAGAUGGUCAGUAUGGUUGGUUCUCUGACAACCUUAAUCACGCACAUCUUGAUUAUUUCUAUUGGCUUCUUGCGGGACUUGGUACGUUACAGAUGAUUGCCUUUUUGUGUUAUACAAAGAAAUAGGUGCACAAACAAAAGCACCACUUCUGGAACCUGUUUUACCUAUGCUUUUUUUAUUAUGGAUACGUUUAUGAAAUAAUUUGGAAAUCUUUGCCAUGUACUUCAAUUUUUGAAGCAAGAAAAAAGAUACUAAUAACUAAAAUAAAACAGAUUUUUUCUGAAUGA